GAUGCCUCAUUCAUGGCGAUUAAUAUCAAGCUAGCCUGUUAUCACGCGCUGAACUGAAUUUAUUACAACUGCUGCAAUAGUAAUGUGAUUAAUUUAUAUCAUAAUCGUUAUAAUAACUAGUGAAUAUCCCUAACACUUUCCUGCGCAGGGGACUAGGAACGAACGUGUCGUGUUAUGGGAGAAACACGGAGGUCAGACGAACGGUGGACUGUCAACAACAAUUAUGUCCGUGUGAAACGACCCUUCAUCUGCUUUCUAUCUAUAUUAUAGCACCGAUUCCUUUGAAACAUGCCUGGGAAACUAAAGGCCAAAAUUGUGGCAGGGCGCCACUUGCCUGUGAUGGACAGGGCAAGUGACCUAACGGAUGCUUUUGUAGAGGUCAAGUUUGGAAACACAACCUUCAAAACAGAUGUUUAUCCCAAGUCCCUUAAUCCACAGUGGAACUCAGAAUGGUUCAAGUUUGAGGUUGAUGAUGAGGACUUGCAGGACGAACCCUUGCAGAUCACAGUGUUGGACCAUGAUACAUAUAGUGCUAACGAUGCCAUAGGGAAGGUUUACAUUGACAUCGAUCCGUUGCUGUGCACUGAGGCUGCCUCUGUCAUCUCAGGAUGGUUUCCCAUCUACGACACCAUUCACGGCAUCAGAGGAGAGAUCAACGUACUUGUAAAAGUGGAGCUCUUCAAUGACUUGAACCGUUUCAGGCAGUCCUCUUGUGGGGUCAAGUUUUUCUGCACCACAUCUAUUCCACGGGGCUACCGAGCGGCAAUGGUCCACGGGUUUGUAGAGGAACUGGUGGUGAAUGAGGACCCAGAGUACCAGUGGAUAGACCGCAUCAGAACACCUCGGGCAUCCAACGAAGCCCGUCAGAGACUCAUCUCUCUUAUGUCUGGAGAGCUGCAGAGAAAAAUAGGGCUUAAAGUUCUGGAGAUGGGUGGGAAUGCAGUAGUGGGCUACCUGCAGUGCUUUGACUUGGAAGGAGAGUCCGGCCUUGUGGUCCGGGCCAUAGGUACCGCCUGCACUCUGGAUAAAAUCAGCUCUGGAAGCUUCUCGAACACACACACGCACCCUAACACAGCGCCCCCAUCUAAUGCCUGCAAUUCCCCAUCUAAAGACGGAAAGGAGCCGGUAUUUGGUGAGGAUCUGCCCUCGUCCUCCGGCCCGCCUACCCCUUUUCGAGCCCUCCCCACCUCCUCCUCCUCUCCUCCCCCCUUCUCUCCCUGCAAGCCAUGCAGCCGUCAGUCCUCAUCAUCAGACACAGACCUCAGUUUGACGCCCAAGACGGAGGAGCCCCAGUCGGGGAGACGCAGGCCAGGGAUCUUCCUCUGCCCCAGUUCCCCAGUCCUCUCUGCAGACUCAUUGUCCCUUCCUGGUUUUGGCUCGGCGGACUGUGGUCAUGGCUCUGGCCUCAGAGCAACCACCCCGCCCCUUCCCUCCUGCACCCACUCAGACUCUGCCUUGCUGAGAAAGAGCGUGUCCUUCACUGAGGACCUGCUGCUGGCAGCCUCCGGAAUGGGCAGCGGUGGCAGCGCAGGGAAGGAGGCUGGGCCCUUGAAGACCCUUCUCAGACAGCAAACGCAGACUGCUCUGGAACAGAGGGAGUUCCCUUUCUUCACUUUGACCUCUUUUCCACCGGCUUUCCUGGUUCAUGUUGGCGGAGUCGUCAGUGCUCGGUCUGUUAAAUUACUGGAUCGCAUACACAACCCUGCCUUGGGUAACACGCGCUCAUACAAACUGCUAGACUGGAAUAGUGUCACCGCAGAUGAACCGGAGACCCGUGACGCCUGGUGGGAAGAGAUCCGCCAGGAAAUUAAAUCUCAUGCCAAAGCUCUCGGUUGCCACGCUGUCAUAGGUUACAGUGAGAAUACAAGCAUCUGUGAAGAGGUUUGCAUUCUGUCAGCAUCAGGGACAGCCGCCAUCCUGAAUCCGCGGUAUAUGCGUGAAGGUUGCCUCGACAUGGGCAGUACUGACCACAGGUUCGAUGAUCCUUCCCCUCCAAGCUGUGGCUUCUGUCACAUCCCCUAUGAUGAGCUCAACAUGCCAUUUCCUGCCCAGCUAACCUACUGUUACAACUGCAGGCGGCAAAAGGUUCCUGAUGUGUUAUUCACAACGAUCGACUUGCCAACAGAGGCAGCUGUUACAGGGAAAGGCUGCCUCAUUCAGGCCAGGCUGUGCCGCCUGAAAAAGAGAGCUCAGGGAGAAGUGAACGCAACCGCCAUUUCAAACCUGCUGCCUUUCAUGGAAUACGAGCUGCACACUCAGCUGAUGAAUAAGCUCAAGCUCCGGAGCAUGAAUGCUCUAUUUGGUCUGCACAUACAGAUCAGUGUUGGCGAGAACAUGCUGCUGGGUCUGGCUUCGGCUACAGGAGUGUACCUGACGGCUCUGCCUGCACCAGGAGGCAUCCAGGUGGCUGGGAAGACCCCCAGCGAGUUGAACGAACAGCACGUUCUGACGAUCCAGAAACGGAUCAACGACACUAUUGCCAAGAACAAGGAGCUCUAUCAAAUCACCCCUCCCGAGCUGACAGAGGAAGGGGUUGGCUCUCCGAUCCCAGAGCCCAGGCACAGAUCCAGACUUUUCCGCUCCCACUCAGAAAGCUCAGAUGAAGUGUCUGAAUUGGAUCUGUCACAUGGCAAAAAGGAUGCCUUUGUCCUGGAGAUCGAUGACACUGACGCCGUGGAAGACAUCCACUCUCUCCUCACCGAUGCGUCUCCCCCCACAGGUUUCUACAGCUGCAACACUGAGACCAUGCCUGGGAUUUAUAACUGGACCACAGCAGUACAGAUGUUUACGUCGGUUAGGGUGCUGAGAUUGAGCAAUGCCAACCUAUCUAACCAAAGCCUAAAUAAGAUCUUCACUGACCUUUGUGAGAAUCUUCUAAAGAGUUUCUACUUCAAGUUACGCUCCAUGAUUCCCUGCUGUCUUUGUCAUCUCAACUUUAAUGUAGCAGUACCAGAAGAAGAACUCAUUCAGGUUUCAGUGACGGCUGUUGCCAUGACGUUUGAUAAGGACCAGGCUCAAGAGAGGCCAGCUGAAAGAUUUAUUACCAAAGGUGGGAGUGAGACCGAAGAUCAGCUGCAGUUUUCACUAGAGUUGUGCGCUGACACGUCAUCCACCAACUCUCAGACUUCUUCCAAAAUAUCAGGUGUCCAAGAAAACGCACUUGUCUCAUCCAGAGCUGCCUCCGUUGAUUACGGUUCCUUUGCAGACAGAUGCAGCACCUGGCUAGAGCUGCUUAGGCUGAAAGCGCACACCAUAAGACGAGGAUCAGUUAAAACAAGUAGGAGGACACAGUCUCUAGCACACUCUGUCUCGUCUUUGGAGCACUGCAGCCCGCUGACAGAGGGACGCUCUCGUUCACUGCGCUCAAGCCGUUCCUUCGGAGGCAGUUCGGUCACCAUGGUGAAGAUGACACCGCUCUCUUUCCUCCCUGGGACGCGCAUCAUUAAAUACCUUGGCAUCAUCAACAUGUUCUUCAUCAGAGAGACGACAUCGUUAAGAGAGGAAGGUGGGGUUAGCGGCUUCUUGCAUUCGUUCAUUGCAGAAGUGUUUGCGAUGGUUCGAGCCCAUGUAGCAGCUCUGGGUGGCAAUGCUGUGGUGUCCUACAGCAUGAAGGACUGCGUUUUAAUGGAAAAUCCCAACAAGAAUCAGGCUCAGUGCCUCAUUAACGUCAGCGGGGAUGCAGUCGUCUGCGUCAGGGAAACGGACCCUGAGCCCGUGGCCCAGAUGGUGAAUAGUGGACAGACUUGUGCAGCUGAUGGAACCUCAUGACUCUGAAGACGUUUGGUUCCGCCAGCAGGGGGCACUGUCUGAGUGAACGCACUCUCCUAAAGUCUAGCCAUCCAAAUUUGUGGGAAUCAAUAUUUGCCUUAAAUUCUCAAAGAUCCAAAGGUCUGGACAUAUUAUAAUAAAAAUAAUAAAGGACACAAUUGCUCAUGUGCUCAAAACGGUGUAUUAAGUGGAAGCAGUUGCUUUAUGACUAAAGAAAAAUGGAUAUAGUUGAAAAUAGUAGAAGGGGCUCUCUAAAUUUGAAGUUUUUCUUUUAUUUUUUACUCUAGCCGUCCGCACUGGGCCACGACCCAGGCUACACUGUAUCAGCAAUCUCCUCUCGUUUUGCACACAUGUGGCAGCUAAUAUUAUUUUGUCCAUCUUUAAAUCACUGAAUUUCAGGAGCCAUGUUAAAAGGGAUGCACAUAUUUCUUCAAGCAACCAUUUAUAUGCAGUUAGGUUCUUCCAGUGUUACGCCGUUUUUUUUUCUCCAUUUCAAUAGUGGUGCCUGUACGAAAAAAUACAAUCCAGCCAAGAAAAGGCUUUUGGAGCCAAGAUUUCAAAACAUGCUGUGUAAACAUGUGACUUGUUUUUUUUUGUUUGUUUUUAUUGGAACAUUCUCCGGUAUUAAUGUUGUUUAAAUUUACUGGUAUUGAUGAUUACUGCCACAGUAUUUUUCACAUUUUUUAUUUCCUUAGUGUCAAAAGAUGACAUCAAAAACUAGUUUUCUAUUAGUCCUGAGAGGGGUUCUAGUUACUUUCCUUGAAUAAAAAAAAAAAAAAAGAUCAAAGGUGUAAUAUGCAAAUGUUUUAUUAGAUUAAGAAGUUCUUUGCAGAAGAUCUAUUGUGACUAUUUGAUUUAAUAGUUUUUUCUAAUUAAAAUUUCAAAUUAAAGUAGCAUGGCAAAUAUAUUUAUCUACUUCCAGAUUUACUUCCAUGGUGAUAUGUGGAUUUUUACUAAAAGUAACUUAAUGUAAAAUUGGAAGUUGGGAUAUACUAGUUUCCUUUUUUUCAUUCAUUUUGUCUUCAUGUAGCACCUAUGUCAGAUUUCAUGUUGCCAAGCUUCAUCGCAGCUGCUUUGGCACUUGUUUUAAAAGUCUCACUACUGACCUGCCCAACAUCU